UCAUGAGGGGGUGGAUACACACACUAGCACUAUGAGUGCCUGAGAGGUGGGGGUGCCUUAUCUGUAUAAAUAUACCACAGUCAAUGGUUAAGCAGUCAUACACCAGGAGAGGUCCGAGGGCUGGAGACAGAGCUCCGCAUCGCAGUACUGACACAAUGAAGUCCCUUCUAUGGAGUAUUGUUCUGCUCUGCUUAAUCUCACACAUAUUUUGUGACUGCCAGAAGGACUGCGUCGCCUGCAACAAACACUUGUACCAAUAUGACAACUUCAACACUCUGGUUUGCAUUGUGGAGUGUGAAGGAAAAAUCUACUCAAGUUCAAUGUGGGCUGUAUGCAAAACAGUUCUCAUAAAGUCGUCUAUACAACUCAGCAUGGACAGUUUCGAGGAAGACUUUAAACCUUUCGACGUUGAAGACACCCAACUCUCCACCAACUUCAAGCGUCUGAGGGAUCUCACACAAUUGGUUGACUUAAGCAAAAUUAAGGAUGAGAAAAGACUGUCUAAAAUCAGUAGCCUGAUCCGUGAAGAAGGAGAAGAAGAUGCUAGCAUUGACGGAGGAGAAACUACUCUUGGGAUGACCACUGGGCCCGAUGAAAUGAUUGAUUUUCAAGACCCCACAAAUGCCAUGUCGAAACGUUUUGGGGGGUUUGUAAAAGGAAAAUACAGCUACCGGAAAUUCAUGGGUCCAUCAAAAGACCUCCAGAAGCGUUAUGGGGGCUUCAUCGGGGUUCGAAAAUCAGCCAGGAAAUGGAACAAUCAGAAAAGAUUUAGUGAGUUUCUCCGGCAAUACUUGGGCAUGUCUACACGUUCCGCAGAGUACGACAGUUUCACCAAUGACAUGAAUGACAUGAAUGAGCAGAAUAAAAUAUAAGACUAUUGUUUCUUGAUGCACAUAGUUAUUUGAUUCGGAACUAGGAAGGCAGAAAGUCAACCUCCACCUCAGAGUAUACUUUAGGACUUUCUCACAAAUGUCAUUGAUCUGUUGGCCCAUGACUAGUGGACAUACUCUGUACUGCUCGAUUCAUAAACUGAUGUCGAUAGCAUCUCAGUGAAUAUUUGACCCAACGGGGAGAGAGUUCAAGGUGGCGUCUAGAGAGGAAAUAUUCUGCUACCUUAAUUUCUUGUCCAAUAUUUCUGUUGCUUUAAUUUAGCACUAUACUUAUUUAUGUAAAUAUAUAGCAUGUAAUAGGUUUUACGUUGUCACUUGGCACCUAAAUGACAGUCUUAAUUGGGCUUUCUUUAAUUAAACAUUCACUUUUUCGCAUGA